UUGCAUCAUUGUAAGGUUUGUAGACAUGACUGCGAAGGAUCGUUUCUGCUCGGAAUGGAAAGUCCACUUUCCUCAAUUCCCGCUUCCCUUGUGGACAUCAACAUGGCGAAACAACAACGAACAAGCACAACAACUCAUAGGCGAGUGCCUGAAGCGCGUGACGGAACUAGAAGACGAGCUGGAAAGAGAGCAUUUCACUCUGAAGUUUCUUCGUUCUUUCAGUGAGCGACGCCUGUCUCACUCAUUCAGUCCACCCGACAACCUUACGUCAGAGGACAGCUAUCCCGCAUCCGGAGCUCCGUCUCGACUCGUCGACAACGGGACGCGUGGCGAGGGAGUGCAGACUGACGUCGAGAACGACAAGGAGUUUGGUAACGAAAGUUCUAGUUUCGGAAGAAGCGGUGGGUAUGAGAACGAAAUGUUGAAGAGAAGAGAAGCAGAAAGAUACGAGGAGACUGGAGUGACACGUUGCAGUGAUGCUCAUAACGUGCAGGUAGAUGUUGAUAAUGACAGUGAUCGAAUGUACAAAGUGAAUGAUUAUGGAGAUGAUGGUGAUGAUAAGUCCUCAAAUGGAGGCGCUUUGAGGAGAAACGGUGGAAUUCGUCGUCUAUCUCUGAGUCCUUUUUCUCAGCGAUCACCACUAUGCAACUCUCCACUGUCGAUUUCAAUUUCACCUCUGACCUCUCCUAAGCCUGCACCUCGUGACAGAAGUGCAUUUCCUCUUUCUCCUGUUGAAAAAGAAAGUAACAGGAAACAACGGAGAAGUAUGUCAACAGGAAAUAUUCCAUCAGUGCCUCAUUUUCAAGUUUUGGCAAAGAAAACUUCAGUUUCAGCUUGCAGUUCCCCUUCAAGUGUAAGCAGAAUGAAAUCUCCAUCUUCAAUCUCUGAGCACCAUGACAACAAUGAAGGAGAUGAAAGUUAUUUUCAUAAAAGGUCAGUUAGUAAAGGGCACAGACCAAGAUCUGUGCAUAUUGAGUCUGGAGCUGAGAUACGGGAUGCAUUCAGGAAGAAGAGGUUAAGUGGUAGUCAUUCAGACAGUAGCCUUUUUUCAUCUAUAUCAUCGGAGCCAAUUUUGGAGGGAAGAGGAACUAAUGGUCAAGACAGACAUGUUGUACUGGAGCUGCCUGAGAAUGCUAUUCCGACAUCACCCAGUGAAGAUAUCUUUAGUCGUACUCCUGCAUACAAUGAAGAUUGGUCAGAGAAAACAAACGAGAGGCAAAAUAUCAGUGGUAAGGAACUGUUGCCGACGAACCUUGUGUCACCAGAGUAUUUGCACGAAGUCACUCGCAGAGCUGUAAACAUGAGCAAUCGAGAGUCUUCUUUCUUAGACUCGUCUGAUACGGAUAGUGCAGUCACACGCGAAGACAUAGUCUAUAAUCUUUAUGAUAAUAUUCACGCAGUCCUAUCAUGUCAGAACAGCAAUCAGUCAGUAGAGCUGGACGAAGUGAGCUUGGCCAUAUACGACGACUGUGACAACGACGACUUUCUGGACUCAGACGAGAGAGAAGGAUAUCUGUCGUCCAGUGAAUAUGACGAAGACAAGAACGAGAACGUAUUUAGAGAGAACGGAACCGUUGAACACGAAUUAGCUAAACCUGACGAUGCAGAGAAGGAAGUCGCAGCAAACACACCGGCUUUAGACAUCCACACACAAGACGACAAGGACGAGAUAUACGAUCCUUUGCAUCACGAGCCCGUAUUACGUAGGAAGAAACAGGUUGCACCACCAUCACCUCGUCGAGAUGCUGGCAUUAGUUUUCAUAAUUGGAAAGAAGUUGGAGACCUACAGCAAGAUCCUCAAUUGGCACAUUUUUAUCACUCGCAGCUACAAACCCAAAACAAAGAAAACGAGACACAGAAAGGAGGAUCAGAGCUCGACGGCGAACCAGUUUAUGCAAUCCCACUUACUCCUCGUACUCGAAUCAGUAACUCUCCCAGUCUUUCACCUCAAGUUCGCACUCCGUCGCCAACGAGUCGUAGACCGUCGGACGAGGCCAAUAAUCUUGCCCUGAGAAAGAUGAUUGUUUCGACGUUUCUUGACAAGGAACAAGAUUACGUUGAUCAACUUAACCUCGUGUGCCAGCAUUACCAUAAGCCACUGGCCGCUCUAGCAACGACAUCCCAGCCAAUGCUGAGCAUCAAAGACUGCGACAUCGUCUUUUACAAGCAAGAGGAUCUUUUUCACAUACAUCAACAGCUAGUAAGAGCCAUCGAAAGUCGUCUCUCUCAUUGGUCGUCUCAACAGACGGUUGCCGAUUGUUUUGGCAUUCUGGUGGAUGCCUUGCCGCUGUACAAGUCCUACUUUGAGAACUACCAGGCAGCUGUUGAGCUGGUGAUGAGACGGAAAACCGAGCUGCCACAGUUUGCAUACCUGGUUGAUAGUGCGGCGCAGAUGAAAUCGGUUCGACAUCGUGUUCCUCUCGAAGAGCUGCUGAGGAAGCCGGUGGACAAACUACAGAACUAUUCGCUUGUUCUUAAGGAUCUUUUGAAAUAUACGCCGAGAGAUCACCAAGACUUUGACCUACUCUACAGAACAUCACAGUCGGUCACCGAUCUCCUCAAAUCAAUCAAUCGAGGACCUGCUGAGACCGAAGGGAAGAGACCUCUGAAGAGUGAAGUUGUUGUGCAACUAACAGAGAGCGGACGCAAGUUUAGACAGCUAUGUCUGUUUGAAGACGUUCUAGUUUGUGUAAAACAAAAAGGGAGUGGAAGACAAAGGAAAUAUGAAUGCAAAUGGUAUUUGCCUCUUACUGAACUGACAUUCCACCCGCCACCUGAUGCGGAUGUUCCUGGUCCUAUUCCACUUACUAGCCAUCAGGAGUUAGAAGCGCUGCAAGGAAAGAUAGGCAAACUGAAGUACGAAAUGCACCAGGAACAGUCAGAUAAGAAGAAACUCUCAAAACUGACACCAGUUAAAUCAAGCAGCAAACUUGACAAAUUGAGGAAGAAACUGUUAGAGCUGGAGGCAUCACUGAGACUCAACAAAGCUGGACUACCACUGAGACUUUUUGAUGUAGAAGGAAGAGCUUACACGUUGCUGUUCUGUCAAGAGUCUCAACGCUGUGGAUGGCAAGAUGGAAUCGCUAAAACUAGGGAAACCGCAAAACCUGUUCAAAUAUCGCCAUAUGACUUGGAGGCAUUGAUCAGACGAUCACGGAGGGCACUUCGGAGAUCGGAUUCCAUUAGGAGUAUUCAGAUUGAAGCUGAUGUGGAGGAAGAGUAUCUGUCAGGAAUUUUACAUAUCCAGGUUCAUUCUGCAAAGGGAGUUAUGCCUGCGAGGCAAGGCAAGCCAGAUCUGUUCUGCACUUUAUCAGUCGACUGCUAUGGGCGAUUUGACAAGAAAGCCAAAACUCACGUUGUGAAGGAGUCUGUGGCUCCCGGAUGGGAACAGGAUUUUGACAUCGAAGUGGAAGGAACACAGAGUGUUAAAAUAACCUGUUGUGACAGACGUAACUUGUUGAUGGAGGACGUGUGUGGGAGAGGUCAGCUUGAGCUUUUAAAGCUUGGUGUCAAGGACGGUAAGAGGCACGUGGUAGAUGUGAAACUGAUGCCAAAGGGAACUGUAAAGGUGUCGGUGAUGUACAGCACGGGGCUUCAGUCCCUAUCUCGAAAACGCUCGAUGUCCGAGUCGGGAUUGUUUGGUGUUCCCAUUGCACUAUUGUGUCAUCGUGAGAAGAGGAAAGUCCCACAUAUCGUUACCUGCUGUUGUGAGGAGAUCGAAAGACGAGGACUGGUAGAAGUGGGCAUCUAUAGAAUUUCUGGAGUUACAUCGGAUGUAAGGAGUCUAAAGCAAGCGUUUGAGCAAGGUGCGGAUGAGGGUGCUAGAGUGGCGGCAGACAUAGACAUCCACGCAGUAUCAGGGCUAGUGAAGAUGUUUUUCCGCGAGCUGCCAGAGCCACUCUUUACCAAUGAGCUCUACCCUCGCUUUGUGGACGGUCUAGCACUAGGCGAGCCAGAGGCCAAAAAGAGAUUUAUGGCAUCUCUUGUCCAGUCAUUGCCGCCAGUCAACCUGGAAACGAUCCUGUAUCUCUUCAGACAUUUGAGAAGAGUGGUGUCUGAGGAGAAAGUGAAUAAGAUGAGCUUCAACAACUUAAGUACGGUGUUUGGACCGAAUCUUCUUCGUCCAGCAACAAUUGGCAGUGAUUACGCAGCCAUUGCAGCCAUGUCUCAUGUUGGCAUCCUGCUCUACCUGUUACAGCUGCCCGAGGAAUUGCUGCUCACACCACCAACCCCAACGCGAACACAUGCGCAGUUUUCAACAAUAGCAGAAGAACCAUAGUUGUGUUUUUGUGUUCUAGCCAGCUAUAUCUAGAGGAGAUUUAGUUUAAUUUAUAAGGUAAUUACUGUUCUAGCGUAGUAACCUAAAACGACAUAUCGAGACAGCUGAGCUUCUCUACCCUGCUGGAUACUAGGAAUAGAGUACACUAUUACACGUAGUUGCAGCAUGAUGCUGUUGUAUUACUUUAGCUGUUUACUACAGGCAACAACACUGUAGAUGAAAUGACCAAUCAAUAUUUCCAAAACUAAAA